GGACAAGCUGGCCCGCCUCCACCAUGGCCGCCAUACAAAAGCGUAUUGCGUAGCCAUGUUUGCGAACUCCAAAUAACAAUAACUCAAAAGAAAACAACAUGGCUGGCGCUGUUCGUCAACCCAUAGAUGUUGCCGCGCUUGAGCGCUACAUCUCUGCAAAUGUCCCGGACAUUGAAGCUCCAAUUGACGUCAAGCAGUUUGGUUAUGGACAAUCAAAUCCCACAUAUCAACUUACGGACAACAAAGGUCGUAAAUUUGUUAUGAGGAAGAAGCCUCCGGGUCAAUUGCUUUCCAAAACAGCCCACAAAGUAGACCGUGAGUAUAGAAUUAUUCAUGCGUUGGAACAAACAGAUGUGCCAGUUCCCAAGGCUUUGUGCCUUUGCCAGGAUGAGGAGGUGAUUGGCACUGAUUUCUACAUCAUGGAGUUCCUGGAUGGACGAAUAUUUGAAGACCCAGCCAUUCCGGGAGUCACACCAGAGGAAAGAACCGAGAUCUGGCGCUCUGCCAUCACCACGCUUGCCAAAUUCCACAGAGUGUCGCCCAAGGAUGUUGGCCUGGAGAACUACGGCAAACCGAGCGGUUUCUAUAACCGUCAGAUUGCAACAUUCAACACGAUUUCAAAGGCACAGGCCGAAGCUGUUGACAAGGAGACAAAGGUGCCCGUCGGUAAAAUCCCCCAUCAGGAUGACAUGGUCAAGUUCUUCAGCGAUCCUCAGACGCAACCGAAGGAUCGGAGCAGCUUUGUCCAUGGCGAUUACAAGAUCGACAAUGUAGUUUUCCACAAGACAGAACCUCGAGUGAUUGGAAUACUAGACUGGGAGAUGUCAACAAUUGGUCAUCCUCUCUCUGACGUGAACAACCUGCUGGCUCCUUUUGUUACCGCCAAUUUCCCAAAGGCAUUGGCAAUUGGCAGAGGAAACAAAGCUUUCCAAGAAGGUGCAACACCGGGCCUUCCAACCCGAGACCAACUGAUUUCGUGGUAUGCUGAUGCCGCGGGCUGGGAUCCUCGCCCCGACAUGGUCUGGGGAGAUGCAUUCGGAACCUACAGAGCAGCUAUAAUCAUGCAAGGAAUUGCUGCUAGAUAUGCUCUGAGGCAGGCAAGUAGUGCACAGGCGGGCGAAUACGGAGCACAGAUGAGGCCAUUUGCAGAGAUAGCAUGGGAUUUAGUACAGGAGACACAGAAGAAGCAUGGAAAGGCAAAAUUAUGAUGUUGGCAAGAUGGAUUCAAUGGGCCAUCCGCUCUAUCAUGUAUUGAUCGCUCUGUAGAGUUUUUGCUAUCAAAUCAAAUAUCCAUGUGGUAUCGUUCAUCUCGACCUGUUGUAGGCAACGUCAACGACCUUGCUCUGGAUACGCGUUGUCGUCCGUGCCAUGCGAAUAGCCAUUAAAGCAAAAGGCUUGGGAAAAAAUCCCCAGAAGUCGGUUUCCCUCAACGCCGCUUGCCAAUCUCGUGAAAUGUUGCUUUUGAAGCACACAUAACUCCUCCUAG